GCGGGAGUUGUGUUGAAGUGAGUUAAAGCUCAAGUUGAGAGAGAGAGAGAGAGCUCCCAAAUAUGAAGCUAACUUAGGUGUGGGUGUGCGUGUGUUGCGUGAGUGCUUAAUAAGAGAGAGAGAGAGAGAGAGAGAGAGAGAGAGAGAGUUACAGUUAUCGGAGUUUGACGUCAGCGGCGGCAAAAUGUCAGCAGGCAUGGUGAACGAGCAGUGCUUCGAGAAGCACAUAGACAAACAAAUGGGUUGCAUGACCGGCUUCCUUCAAAUCUUCGAUCGCCACCAGAUUCUCUCCGGAAAACGCCACUACCCCGCCAAGCGUCUCCCUCCCUCUCCGGUGUUUGAUACAACGUCGGAGUCGGAGAAGUCAGCCCCCGCGUCACCGGCGAUCUCGACGGUGACAGCAGCGAGUCCGGAGCUCCCAAUGUUCGGCAUGAAAGAAGGCACCAAAUGUUCUUGGAAAUUCAGCAAAGAAGCUCCACGGCUGUCGCUGGACAGCAGAGCCACCACAGAUACCAAGGGCAGCCUCCACCCCAAAGAAAUCCGCACGGCGGCGUCCAUUCUCGCCGCCGCCAAUCGAUGCGACGGUAAUGAGAGCGUCGACGGCCAGCAACACCGCUCUCCCAGCGUCAUCGCCAGGCUCAUGGGGCUGGAGCCAUUGCCGGAUUCAUCCUGCUUUGAACCGGAAAUCAAGCCGGAGCUCCGGAGAUCCGCCUCCGAGUCGAGAGUCUCGAGAGAUCUCUUUCACUCGCGAUUCAUCUCAGAGAGAAGCAAUUUCUCCUCCAAUCAGCCGACUGAAGCCGUCGACGUCAACUCACCGCGAUUUUCAGAUCCGAUAAAUUAUUUGCUAAAGAAUGCUAAAGUUGAUACACCGAAAGCAUUCAAUAGAGGCAGCGGCUUUCAUUCUCCGUCGCUGUGGAACGCUCCGCGUCACCGCAAAAGCUUCUUCGACUCCGGCGACUUCUUCCCCGAGCCGAAACAGGCGGCGUCUAUCUACGGCGAGACCGAGAACAGAUUGAAACUGCCAGGAAUUGAGGAACCGUCAAAGGAUUUGGAAACAUUGAAGCAAAUUCUAGAAGCUCUGCAGCUCAAAGGACUUCUGCAUUCCAGAAAACACUCGGAGCAACACCAAAUCCGCCACCGCACCUUCGUCUACGACGAUUCGCCGAUCGUCGUAAUGAAACCAUCGAGAUCGCCAAAUUCAACGCCAUUCAGUCGGAGAAUGGCGAACGAUUAUUCCCCGCCGCUCGGUGGAAAUCACAGCCGCGGCGGUUGCCGGAGGAACUACGGUCUCGCCGGAGAAAAUUCACCGUCGAUGAGCCCCCGCCGCGACCGGAACGUUCGGAAUCCGGCUCAGAGUCCGAGCCCGACGACCACAAACCGGGCCGAAGGCAACGCAGUCGGAAGGCGGUCCAACACACUGUCAAAGCCUAAACCGUUGAGCGUGGAAACGCAUAGGAGAAGGAACGGCUCAAUGGAGAACCGGCGGCUGUCUCCGGUUCAUUCUCCGAGAAGAACCGGACCAGAGAGAUCGCCGAGGAGCAGUAAAUCGACGGCCGAGAUCAAUCGGAAAGAGAAGAAAACAGAGGAUGAAACAUCGUCAAUUUCCGGUAGCAGUAUCACGACAUCCACCGAUACAGAGAGGGGUAGAAGCGAGGAAUACAAAGAGGGGCGCAGCUUAUUGGAGAGGUGCGAUAAGCUGCUGCACAGCAUAGCUGAGAUGACUGCAACCGAAAUGCAGUCGAGCCCCGUGUCAGUUCUUGAUUCGUCCUUGUACAAGGACGAGUGCUCCACCCCUUCACCCAGCACGACAAGACGUAAUAUUGAUUUCAAAGAUGAGUGUGUUGAAGUGGAUGAGGAGAGGUGGAGCUCUGAGACUGAGAUGGUGUCAUCACAAGACUGCGAUUUCAUGUACAUCUCAGAUAUCGUGAGGGCAUCUCAUUAUCUCCCACAAGAGCCAAACGUAUUCCUAUUGCUAGAGAAACAACGGUAUCUCAAGGGAAAGGAUACAUGCCAAGUGUCGAGGCUGCAGAGGAAGCUCAUCUUCGACACGGUGCACGAGAUCCUCGACAGGAAUAGGCGGUUGCCGCCGUGGAAGCUUGCUUCUUGUGGUCAAUCUUUGGAGAAGGUGUGGUCGGAAUUCCAAAGAGUGAGAGAGAGGGAGAGGGAGAGGAAGGAGGCUCAAGAUCUGUUUGACACCAUUUGUGGCGUCCUCAAGAAAGACCUAGCCGGAGAUGGGAUUUCCGGCUGGGAGGAUUGCCCGUUGGAGAUGUCCGAGGCCAUCUUGGACAUCGAACGCCUCAUAUUCAAGGAUCUCAUCGGCGAGGCCAUUCGAGAUCUAGCGGCAUUAGAGUCCACGUCGAGUAACAAGCCAACGCUACCGUCCUUGCCUAGGAGGAAGUUGCUUUUCCUCAACUCCUAAUUACCACAUUUUCUCUUAAUAUAUUUUGCCCUUUUCAUCCCUUCAAAAGGGAAA